AUGUUUUUCAUUGUAUGUUCUGUGGCUUUGUGAGAGGCGAUGGCUUGUUCUUCUGAAUGUGGAAGUCUAUUUGUACACUCAUGGGGAAGUCCGUAGUUUGAAUGCUUUAAAAUGCUAAUUACAGUGAAAGCAUUGGAAGGAAGACCUUAUUUGCGUUUCAAGUCUGCCCCCACCCGGUCAGUGGGUGCAGAGCUCCGGAAGAAAGUAGAGGAAUACACGGCCGCUACAAUUGUAAUGCGGAAUUACGAGGACAUUGUCGCCGUCCUGGGAGAAUGGGGACCCUUCCAGAAGAUGAUCUUUUUUCUUCUGAGCGCCAGCAUCUUCCCCAACGGUUUCUGCGGAUUGUCCAUCGUUUUCGUCGGGGAUAUCCCAGAGCAUCGCUGCUCGAUUCCCGGGAAUCUCAACCUCAGCCAAGCCUGGAUGAACAGAACCAUCCCACUGGUGCCAGGAACACAAGUCCAGUACAGCCAAUGCAGUCGCUACCGCUUGGAUGUGAUCAGGAACCUCUCGGAGGUGUUUCCAGACCCAGAUCUCCUCAACGUUUCCGGGAUCGAAGAGGAGCCGUGUUUGGAUGGAUGGGAUUACAGUCGGGACCAGUACACCUCCACCAUCGUCUCCGAGUGGGACCUGGUGUGCAAUGAUGAUUGGAAGGCUCCAUUAUCCAUGUCGUUCUUCUUUGCAGGAGUGCUGAUUGGCUCCUUUGUUUCUGGGCAAUUAUCAGACAGGUUUGGGAGAAAGGCAGUUUUAUUUGGAACGAUGGCGAUACAGUGUUUAUUCAGCAUUAUUCAAGUCUUCUCUCCAAACUGGGAAAUAUUCUGCCUUCUUAACUUCCUUGUAGGGCUGGGACAAAUAUCAAACUACGUAUCUGCCUUUGUUCUUGGAACAGAAAUUCUUGGAAAAUCCAUUCGGAUUAUGUACUGUACAUUGGGAGUGUGCAUUUCCUAUGCUGUUGGCUACAUGCUGCUGCCUCUAGUUGCGUACUUCAUAAGGAGUUGGCGAUUGUUGCUUUUGAUUCUUUCUCUCUCUGGCCUGAUGUACAUUCCCUUGUGGUGGUUUAUUCCAGAAUCUCCGCGCUGGUUGAUGUUAAAAGGAAGGGUAAAGGAGGCUGAAGAAAUACUCCGAUUUAUUGCAAAGAAAAAUGGUGUCACUGCACCAGAUGUGCUCUUCACUGAGCUUGAGCUUGAAGAUAUGAGGGCUAAAAGUACACAAUCUUAUGCAAUUAUUCAUUUGGUUAGAACAUAUAAUAUCAGAAUCAUCACAAUCAUCAACAUUCUGAUUUGGAUGAUUCUAACAGCAGGAUAUUUUGGCCUUUCCUUGAACACUCCCAAUCUUCAUGGAGAUGACUAUUUGAACUGCUUCUUCUUGGCUGCCAUUGAAGUCCCUGCCUACACAGUGGCAUGGAUUUUUCUUCAGAGAUGUUCCCGCAGGGUCACUCUUUCAAGCAUACUACUUAUUGGUGGAGCACUCCUUAUCGUCAUCCAGUUCAUACCCACAAGUAUUUCAGGACUCGUUACAGUGCUGGUGAUGAGUGGAAAACUCUCCACCACGUGUGGCUUUGCCAUGAUUUAUGUCUACACGGCUGAGCUGUACCCGACGGCAGUACGGAACAUGGGUGUCGGAGUAAGUUCAAUGGCCAGCCGGCUGGGCAGCAUCAUCUCGCCUUACAUCUUCUAUCUGGGAGUUCACCAGGAGUUUUUACCUUUUACUCUAAUUGGAAUUCUGUCAGCAUUAUCUGGAAUUUUGGUUUUGUUUCUGCCUGAAACAUUCAACAUUCCUCUCCCAGACACUAUUGAUCAGAUGCAAAAAAUCAAGAGAUUCAAAUGUAGGCAUACGCACAAAAAUCACUUCAAUUUUUAUAAGAAAGGAAAACAUCCACAUCGUGCUCAAAAUGGGGAAGAGAUUUAACCUGCUCGGUACUGAAUCCAGUGAUACAGAAGUGGACUAUUAUUAUUUUUCCUGGUUUAAUAUGCAAUGAUCUUCUAUUGAAAUAUUGGUAACAGUGUGUAACCAAAAUACCUUUGUGAACUGCACGGAUUAACAGUAUAUGACAUAAUAUACAUUUGCACAGAUUUACAAAAGAAAACUUGAUCAGAUUUAGGGCUUUGUCAGGUAUGUUUUGAUAUUUAGACAACUAAUCGAUGGGGCAUACCAGCUGCUCAGUAACCAUACAGUUUGCAGGGUGGACAUUUUGAUGGUAACUGACACACUUUAGGGUCCCAGGGGCACAGGACUCAAUAGAAUGAAGCCUCCCAAUUCGGGCGGCAUGGUAGCACAGCGGUAGAGUUGCUACCUUACAGGACCAGAGAACCUGGGUUUGAUCCUGACCACGGGUUGGAGAUGGUUAAGCUAGAUGUGGGACAUUCUACUACGGGUUUUGACUUUGACUAAGAUUUCUGCCUGUACGGAGUUUGUACUUCUUCCCACGAUCUGCGUGGGUUUUUUCCGGGUACUCGUGUUUCCUCCCAUAUUACAAGGAUGUGCAGGUUUGCAGGUUAAUUGGCUUCUGUAAAUUGCCCCAAGUGUGCAGGAUGCGUAACUAGGAUGACAAAGAACUAGUGUACGGGUGAUUGUUGGUCGGCGUGGAGUCAAUGGGCCAAAAGGCCAAUUUCCACACUAUCUCUAAACUAAACACAAAGUAAUCAUCAGUUGAUCUCAAUCACCGGCAAAGUAGGUGCACCAAGGGCCACUGAGGUCUCGAGUCCCAGGGUAUCAGCAUUUUCACUAAUUGUGUGGGGUCAUAAUUUCAUAAGUUCGAGGAGCAGAGUAAAGUCAUUCAGCCCAACAAGUCUAUUCCACCUUCAGGUUCAGAUUCAAUUCAGAUUCAAUUUUAAUUGUCAUUGGCAGUGUACAGUACAGAGACAACGAAAUGCAUUUAGCAUCUCCCUGGAAGAGCGACAUAGCAAACAAUUUGAAUAAAUAAUAAUAAGUGUCCGGGGGGGGUGGUGGUGAUUGGCAGUCACCGAGGUACGUUGUUGAGUAGAGUGACAGCCGCCGGAAAGAAGCUGUUCCUCGACCUGCUGGUUCGGCAACGGAGAGACCUGUAGCACCUCCCGGAUGGUAGGAGGGUAAACAGUCCAUGGUUGGGGUGAGAGCAGUCCUUGGCGAUGCUGAGCGCCCUCCGCAGACAGCGCUUGCAGACGGACACCUUUCAAUCAUGGCUGAUCUAUCUUUCCCUCAACCCCAUUCUCCUGCCUUUGCCCCAUAACCCCUGAUGCCCUUAAAUGCCGCAGUAUUCCCCCAGAAAAACAAUGAGGAAGUUCCCAUGGCUGGAACUCCCAGCUCUUACCGCACGUGUGAAUGUCCCACAUCUAGUUUAACCAACUCGAACCCAGAAAAGCAGUCAUAUUCUUAUGCUCCCAAAGCAACCUACUUGUUGAAGACUGGGGAGAGAUUUGAGGGCCUAAGUGACCCUUCAAGCCUUUUCAUCGAUAUUAAUGGGUCAGCAUGGUUUACAAUCCCCAUUUGAGAACCUAUCUACCGUUAUAUCUCAACAAUGUUCUAUAUGUUGUGCGGGAAGCCAGAGGAAAACUGGGAUGGGUGGCCACACGGUUUGGUGGGUAUAAAAUUGGGCAGGUAACGUGAUUGAGGGACUUGGCCGUUAAAUGGUGGUAGGCAAAUUAUAUUAGUUGGUGAUUAGAUGGUAAAGUAUAAAGCUUUUGAUGGUAAGAGUUCAUAAAGGUGACAAAUGUGGAAAUGAAUACAGCUGUAAGAAAUAUUUGAACUCUUCUUGGACAAGAUGUGGCUUUUGUCGCAAUCAUUGAUUGAAAGUGAUCAAUGCAAUGAACUCAAUUUUGUUUAGUUCCAAAUGGCACAUUUUACCACCGCAAAUUUCAUUUCAUUAUUUUUAUUGACAGCAUAAUUAGUAAACACACUCUUGGAGACUAAUGAGGGUGAGUAAUGUAGCAGCAAUGGUGGAAUUUGUCAGCUUGGAAAUUAGAAAGUUAUGGAAUUAUAUUUGAAUAAUGACAUGCAUUCAAAUUAGUUUUUUUACUGUUUUAUUAAUUUAUUUUAUUUGUGCAUUCACUGUCUGUGGUGAGACUUCUGAACACCUCAACUUCCCCCUUGAACUGAAUUGGUUGUUUGACCAUUUCAGAGGUUAUUCUAGAAUGAACCAAUUUGGUAAAAAAUAAUAAUAUCUGCUCUAUUCUCUUCUGUUCUGAAUAUGACAGCUAAGAAAAUAUUUAUUGUGCUCAGAAUAAAUGUAGUACUGAUUCAUAGUACCCAAACUAUGUGAAAAAAAAACAUGAGGACAGGUUAUGUAGGUUAGGUUUGUAUAAUCCAUGUCCAGAGUGAGUGAAAAUCAAACAUAGACAUUUAAAAGUUAAAUAUCAAUUAGACACAUUCUGGGGUGAUGUAACAAAACAUUUCUUGGCAAUAAUAUACUGCAAAUCUAGAACUUUUUACCUCAACUGCCCAAUUCCGCUCAAAAUAAAGAAUAAGUUCACUGAACGGUAAAGGGGCUGUCCCACGGGCGACCUAAUUGGCGAGUUUAGGAGAGUUUGAGAAAAUGUAAUGUUGAAGACUUCUUUCGACUAUGUAGAAGACCUCCUUCGACUACGUUGAAGACUAGCUUCAACUAGCUAUGACUAACUUCGGGAAAAUUAGACACCGAAUAGUGGAGAGCAAAGACAACCUCCUUCAACCUCCCUUCGAAUAUGAUGAAGACUAUCUAUGAUACUUUUGAUUACCUUUGACUACCUUCAAUUACCUACGACUUAACAUGCCGACCUACUAUGACUAAACCUACGAGUAAAAAAAGUAUUGAUUUUUUCCAUGGCAACCUUUUUUUACUCUUGGGCAUUUUUCAACAUGUUGAAAAAUACGCCGCGACCUAGCUGAGGCCUUGAGUACACGGGGACUUCUCUCGAACAUGAAGGAGAGUUACAAAGACCUCCUAAGACUUCUUAGGACCAUGCUGCGAGUAUGAGUCGAGGGCAAACUCGCCAGAACUCGUGGAUUAGGUCGCCCAAGUGGAACAGCCGUUUUACUUUCAAAACUGGAAUUCAUAUACCUGUUAUAAUUAUAACUAUAGACAAAUUAACUUAGGUUGAGAUAUAUCUGAAUGAUGAAUAAACUUUGAGGGAUUGAAUCAUUAACUCUUGUUCCUGAGUCAUUAUUGUUAUGUCAUAAAAUGAUUCAGCUCAUAUUAACGUGAUAGAAUUGUACCUGGUCAUCAGCUCAACUAUGAAUAUAAACCAGGGGCGAAAAUCCCGGGGGUCAGGGGGAGACAAGCCCCCCCCCCCCCCUGUUUUGAGAGGUGGGGAACGAUCCCCCCAUUUUUUGUAAUCCGGAUUUUAAAACUCGGUGAAAUCUCCGCUUUCCAUGAGACAAUGGGGGUGGAACUGAUGAUCGAGGGCGCCGAUUGGACGAGAGAGA